AUGGAGAGUCGGAGCGAUGUCCCGCUCAUCUCCGACUCCGAGCUGCCGGACAGGAGGGGAGGAGGCAGGAUCCCCGAGCUUGCGAAGGAGGUAUGGGGAGAGUCCAAGAAGCUGUGGGUGGUCGCCGGCCCGGCCGCGUUCACGAGGCUGACAUUCUAUGGCAUGACCGUGGUCAGCCAGGCCUUUGCCGGGCACAUCGGUGACCUUGAGCUCGCCGCCUUCUCCAUCGCCACCACUGUCAUCUCCGGUCUCAGCUUUGGUUUCUUUGUUGGCAUGGCGAGUGCAAUGGAGACGCUCUGCGGCCAAGCCUACGGUGCAAAGCAGUACCACAUGAUGGGCAUCUACCUGCAGCGCUCGUGGCUCAUCCUCCUCAGCUUCGCCGUGCUCCUUACUCCGACGUACAUCUUCAGCGGGCAGCUGCUCACCGCGUUGGGCCAGCCCGCCGAGCUGUCGCGCCAGGCGGGCGUGGUCAGCCUGUACAUGCUCCCUCUGCACUUUGUCUACGCCAUCAUCCUGCCGCUCAACAAGUUCCUGCAGUGCCAGCGCAAGAACUGGGUCGCCGCGGUCACCACGGCCGCGGCGUUCCCCGUGCACGUCGUCGCUACCUGGCUGCUGGUGCACUACUUCCGGCUCGGGGUCUUUGGAGCCGCGAUGGCGCUCACCUUGUCCUGGGCACUCGCAACGACGUGGAGGGGAUUCUCAGCUUCAGCGUUCGUGGACUUGAAGGACUUCAUCAAGCUGUCCGCGGCGUCUGGUGUCAUGCUCUGCUUGGAGAAUUGGUACUACCGGAUCUUGGUUUUCCUGACGGGAUAUGUGAAGAACGCUGAACUGGCUGUCGAUGCACUGUCCAUCUGUAUAAGUUAUGCUGGAUGGGAAAUGAUGAUUCAUUUGGGAUUCUUAGCAGGCACUGGGGUGAGGGUGGCUAAUGAGCUCGGUGCAGCCAACGGAGCAGGAGCGAGAUUUGCGACAAUUGUGUCGAUGACGACAUCAUUUCUGAUCAGCCUAUUCAUUAGUUUUCUCAUACUGAUUUUCCAUGACAAACUCGGAAUGAUCUUCUCGUCGAGUCAGGCUGUGAUCGAUGCAGUAGACAACAUUUCCUUUCUGCUGGCCCUCACCAUCCUCUUCAAUGGAAUCCAACCUGUGCUCUCUGGAGUUGCUGUUGGUUCAGGGUGGCAGGCAUUGGUUGCUUAUGUCAACAUUGGGAGCUAUUACUUGAUUGGUGUUCCUUUCGGUUUUCUGCUAGGAUGGGGCUUGCAUUAUGGGGUUCAAGGAAUUUGGGUCGGAAUGAUCGUUGGCACAAUGGUGCAAACUCUAAUACUGGCAUAUACCAUUCUACGGUGUGAUUGGAAUGAAGAGGCAUUGAAAGCUAGUACCCGAAUGCGGAGAUGGAGCAACUCCAAGUGA